AUGGAAAUACCUGUCACAAACGCUCCUCGCGCAAUCCAUUUCUACCGCAAGGUCUUUGAGUGGAACAUUAACGACGAAGGCUACGAAAACCAAGUUGAUGGAAUCGAGCACACGUAUUUUUUCAAUAAGGGAAACUUACGUGGUAGCUUUCUCUUGGUCCCUGAAGAUCAAUUCCUGAAUAUGGACGCUCUUUGCGCCCCAGGGGCGAAUCAGGUAUCAAAGAAAAUGCGCUGGGGAGUGGUUAGUACCAUUGCAGCGGAAGAUAUGGACGAGACGUUGAAGAAGAUUGUGGACUGUGGAAGGCGCAUUUUCAAAGAAAAAACACUGCUCGGCAUGGAAAUGGGUUCCCUUGCAAAGUUUGUAGAUACCGAGGGGAACAUUCAUUCACUGUGCUCUUUGGAACUUUCGGACUGA